GCAUAUUUUGAAAACAAUAAUUCUGGGCCAGAUGCUCUCCUUGUUUAUCUGUGGGACUGCUGUUACAAGCCAGUACCUAGCAGAACAAUACCAAGUGAAUACUCCAAUGUUUCAAAGUUUUAUCAACUAUUCUUUUCUUCUUCUAGUUUACACAACAAUGCUGGCGUUUAGGACUGGCAGUGACAGUCUGUGGCAAAUUUUGAAGCAGAGGUGGUGGAAGUAUAUUUUUUUGGGACUGGCUGAUGUAGAAGCCAAUUACAUGAUUGUAAAAGCCUACCAAUACACCACCCUCACAAGCGUGCAGCUGCUGGACUGUUUCGGGAUUCCUGUGCUGAUGGCUUUGUCGUGGUUCAUUCUCCGCGCAAGAUACAGGCUGAUCCAUUUUAUUGCUGUUGCCGUCUGUUUGCUGGGUGUAGGAACAAUGGUGGGUGCAGACAUUUUGGCAGGGAGGCAGGACAGCGAAGGUAGUGACGUGGUGAUUGGAGAUGUCUUAGUGCUUCUUGGUGCUUCUUUGUAUGCCAUUUCUAAUGUGAGUGAGGAAUACAUUGUGAAAAAUCUGAGCAGAGUGGAGUUUCUAGGAAUGGUGGGCUUGUUUGGGACUAUUAUCAGCGGUCUACAGCUAGCCAUUGUGGAGCAUAGGGAGAUAAUGAGAAUUCAAUGGAACUGGAAAAUUGCAUUACUGUUCACAGUCUUUGCCCUGUGUAUGUUUGGGCUGUAUAGCUUCAUGCCAGUAGUGAUCAAAGUUACCAGCGCAACCUCGGUCAACCUGGGUAUUCUGACUGCGGAUCUCUACAGUCUGUUCUUUGGGCUCUUCCUCUUUUUCUAUAAGGUAAGUGCCUUCAUUCUUUCACUAUAA